AUGAAGUUUGCAAGAUAUCUAGAAGAUACACAGAUACCUGAAUGGAAGAGGGCUUAUAUCGACUACCGUGGGUUGAAGAAACGCAUAUCAAGAAUACGUUACAAGGAAGAUGUCGAUGUCGAUGAGAGGUUAGCCCCUUCAACGGAGGAGAAUAACUCGGGCCCGUCAGAUCCCAGUCAGGCGAGAUACGAAACGAAUUCAUCCCCCAAAUCUAUCGCCAUCACGAAAUUCACGGAUGGCACUGUGGAACACUCGAAAAGUGAUGCGCCUUCGCCAUCAACCUCGAAAGCUUCCGUAUCGACUAGGUUCAAGCCACACAGAAGGCAGAGUGGGAGGAGGAGACUAUCGCUGUCUCGAUCUAACUCGGAGUUACACAAUGAUACAACGCCCCUCAACAUCCUGCUAAAGCGAUUGACACCAGACGAAAGGACAUUUUUUGAUUCUUUAGACAUUCAACUCGAAAAGAUCGAGCAAUUCUUCAUAAAUAGACAGAAAGAGCUGCGCACGCGCUCUACGCUCCUUGAGCAUCAGCUAAGUGAGCUUCGCCAGCAUCAGGAGACUUUUCGCGAGGCGCAAGGGAAGAGAGCGAGAAUGUGGGUUGAUUUGAAAAGGGAUCCCAUGGCGGUCAUCCCGUUGCCGCUCAAAGGAAAAGGAAAAGGAUCUAAAGAGCUUCCAUUGUCGCCGCCAAAUCGUGAAUUUGAUCCGGGCGAGUAUCACCGUGCAAAGAAAAGUCUCAAAAAAGCGGUUAUUGAGCAUUACCGUGCUAUAGAAAUGUUGCAUAAUUAUCGAAUCUUGAAUAUCACUGGCUUCCGAAAAGCGCUCAAAAAGUUUGAGAAAGUCACUAGGAUACCGGUUCAACGACCAUAUAUGAGUGAGAAGGUGACCACGAUUUCGUCUUGCUUGGUGUCUUUCUCAUCCUUUAGGUUGAACCAACUGUAUUUGCUUCGGACAAGUCACUUCGUCUUAUGA